UCCCCAUCUUUUCCUCACCCUCAUAUACCAAAAAGGAGAAGAAAAGAGAAAGCAAAAGAUUCGUCCUUCUUCUUCAGCUGCUCUGGUAGCAUCUCCCACCUCCUCUUCUUCAUCAACUCUUAAGACCUACGCCUGUUCAGAUCCUUGAAAAUUUGAGCAUGGUGGAGAGGAACUAUAGUUAUCAACUUAAGGUUGUGAGUGAGCAAAAUUUGAUUUGUGAAAUCGUCCAUUUCACAGUGUCUUUUUGAAGAAACUAGUUGGGACUUUCAUCCAACAGCUUUCGGCAUCUUACAAUACACAACUCUGGUGUGUGCGAGGAUUACACAUAAGAGCAGCUCCAGCCCGAGGGACAGGCUGACGAACAGGGCUUGAAUGCCCGAGUGAUGAAAGCCCAGCGUGUGCUGGCGAGCGAGCCCUAGCAGGCCCGAGGGAGAGGCCCGUGGAUUCGUGCCGGCCCGAGCGCCCGAAGGCUGUCUGACGUGGGCUGACGUCAGGGCGACGUCGAAGGCUGUCUGACGUGGGCUGACGUCGGGCGACGUCAGUGGCACCUCUCUCUCUCUCGCUGCCUGCGAUUGAGGCAUUCCUUCUCUGAAACCUUCACAUUGUGAUGGCGUCGAAGGGUAAGGGGAUCGCCGCAGGAGGUGGAUUCUCCGGCGGGAAGCGUAAGCACGAUGACAAGUCCGGUGGUGGCCGGAAGAAGAGCAACCCCGGCGUCCUUAGAUUCUUCGAAGACGUCGCUGACGAAGCCGACGACGGCGACGAGAGUGACUUCGAUGAUGAUAGACUCUAUUCAAUAGCUGCAAUGAGCAACGAGCAGCAGAAUCCUUCUUCGUCUUCUAACCGGUGCACAUAUGAUGCAUUCUUGAGUUUCAGAGGCGCAGAUACACGCAAGGGCUUUACAGAUCACCUCUACAAUGCUUUGAAGUUAGCAGGAAUCCACACUUUUAGGGAUGAUGAUGAAAUUGAGAGAGGAGAAAACAUUGCACAGGAGCUACAGACAGCAAUACAAGAGUCACAAGUAUCAAUCAUUGUUUUCUCCAAGGACUACGCCUCUUCCAGGUGGUGCCUGAAUGAACUUGCUAUCAUCAUGGAACGUAAAAGAACAGAUGGACACAUGGUUAUCCCAGUUUUCUAUUAUGUGGAACCAUCAGAUGUCAGGAAGCAGACGGGCAGUUUUGCAGAAUCAUUUACUAGACAUCAAGAACAAUUCAAGGACGAGAUAGACAAGGUGGAGGAGUGGAGGCGAGCUCUUAGAGAUGUUGCAGACUUGGGAGGGAUGGUUUUAAAAGACCGGUACGAGUCGCAGUUUAUCCAAGAAAUUGUUGAAGCUGUUGGAAAAAAACUGGACUACAUGACAAAUUGGAGACUAAGAGUUGAGCCCUAUGUGAUUGGAAGAGAUUAUCAUGUGAAAAGACUAAACAUGUGGCUGGAAGAUGGAUCAAAUGAUGUUGGAGUAGCUGUCAUCCAUGCAAUGGGUGGAAUAGGCAAGACCACCAUUGCUAAAAUUGCUUAUAACCAGAACUUCAAUAAAUUUGAAGCUAGCAGCUUUCUUUCAGAUAUUAGGGAAACUUCCGGACAAGCCAAUGGUUUUGUUCGCUUGCAAAGGAGACUUCUUUCAGAUAUCCAAAAGAGGAAAAUGGAAAAAAUAGACGGGCCUGAAGGUCUAGUAAAGAUCAAACGGGUUGUACGUUGCAAAAGAGUUCUUAUUGUUCUUGAUGAUGUGGAGAACUCGGAGCAGUUCAAUGCAAUUCUUGGAAUGCGAGACUGGUUCUAUCCUGGAAGUAAAAUUAUAAUAACAACUAGGCAUGAACAUUUGUUAAAGGCUCAUGAAGUUGUAAGGUUUAAGGUUGAAGGAUUGCAUGAGGAUGAAUCACUUAAGCUUUUCAGUUGGCACGCCUUUGGACAACCCCGUCCUCAAGAAGGUUACAUGGAGCUUUCAAGACCCAUAGUAGAACAUUGUGGAGGGGUUCCAUUAGCUCUUAAAGUUCUGGGAUCUUCUCUAUUUGGAAAAACAGCAGAUAUAUGGGAAAAUGCAAUACACAACUUAGACGAGUUUACUGAGGGAAAAAUUCGAAAGAUUCUUUGCAUAAGUUUUGAUUCUUUACAAGAUCAUGAUAAACGUUUAUUCCUCAAUAUAGCCUGUUUCUUCGUGGGAAAGAACAAGGAUUUUACAACUACAAUCCUUGACGAAUGUGAUUUUGCCACAAAGGUUGGACUUCAACGUCUGGUUGAUAGAUGUCUUGUGGAAAUUAAUGUCUACAACAAGUUAACCAUGCAUCAAUUGCUUCAAGACAUGGGAAGGGCAAUAAUUCGCGAAGAAUCACCUGAGGACCCUGGAAAACGCACUAGACUGUGGCAUAAAGAUGCAAUUAACGUUUUGAGAAAAUUAACGGGUACGAGAAGUAUCAAGGGCCUCAUGCUCAACUUUCCCUCAACAGAUUCAUCCCCAGUAUUAAAUGAGGAAGGUUUCGAAACAAAGGCAUUUACAGAGAUGCUCAAUCUUGAACUACUUCUGCUUGAUAAUGUAAAGUUGAGUGGAAGCUAUGAAGAUUUUCCAAAAAAUUUAAUAUUGCUGUCUUGGCGAGGAUUCUCUUUAAAAUCAAUACCAGCCAAUUUUUGUUUGCGAAAUCUAGUUGUUCUUGACUUACGGAAGAGCAGUCUGCAACAUGUUUGGAGAGGAACCAAGAAUCUUAAAAGAUUGAAAAUUCUUAAUCUCAGUCAUUCACAUGGCCUUAGGACAACCUCUGAUUUGUCCAUGCUCACUAACCUUGAGAAACUAAUUCUUAAGGAUUGCAUUAAUUUGGUUGAUGUUGAUGAAUCCAUUGGAAACUUGGGGAAACUUGUUUUCUUGAAUCUAAAAGACUGCAAAAGCCUUACGAAGCUUCCAAAAAGAAUGAUCAUGUUGAGGUCUCUUGAGGAACUUAAUCUUAGCGGUUGCUCAAAGCUUGUGCUUCAUGACAGUGCCACAGUUAUUCAUUUACACGCAAUAUCUAGGGAUAUGAAUAGACCUAGACUGUUGUCAACUUUAUCAUGGACACCAAUCGGGGCUUGGAGGAUGUGGGCAUGGCCGGGAAAGACUCUUCAAUCAACCAGUUUCUCACUGGCAAGUUUACCACGUUUUUUGGGAAGCUUAAAUCUGUCUGAUUGCAAUCUGUCAGAGGUUCCCAAUGAUCUGUGUACACUAUCUUCGUUGAAGCAUUUGAAUCUAAAUAGUAACCCAAUUUUGUGCCUACCACAAAACAUGAAGAGUCUUAUUAUGCUUGAGACUCUUUCGUUAGAAGAUUGCACAAACCUCGAAAUGCUUCCAGAGCUCCCAGCAAGGUUGGAAUCGUUGGUACCACAUGGUUGUAAAUCAUUGAAAAGAUUAACAAAUUUACCGAACUUGUUUAAAUUGGAUUUGAAUUUUGGUUGUUGCCCUCUGUUAAUUGAAGUUGAAAGCUUGUUGAAUAAAAAAACGUUGAUGUUGUUCAAUAUGGAAUCCAUAGCAAGCACUGAUGACGAAAUGCUCGACAACUUGACCGAUACAACCAGGAAGGUUCCUGUCCAGGUAUUCUUUCACGGUCGCACAUAUAGCAUUUUCCUUCAUGCAAGCAAGAUUCCAGAUGGAUUUGACUUCACAACACAUAAACCUGUGCUGUCAUUUAUUCCACCUUCACAUCCUAAUGGCAAAAGCUUGAAUGUAGCUGUUUUAUAUGCCAAAAAUGAACAUCAGAUUAAAGCCAGUGGACUAAAUAUGAUUCACGUUCAAGUUUUUCAUGAGAUGGGGGGGAGUACUGGGUCGACCCAUUCGGUACUCACAGUAGGUUUGCCAACUGAGAAUGGAGAUGUGUUGUGGCUUUGCCAUAUGCAAUUUCAAAGCAAGGAAAGGGAAUGUGUACGUGUUUCGGUGGAGAUGAGUGAUUUUUACCGGGUGAAGGAGUUGGGAAUCCAGCUUUUGUACGCGCAGAAUGAUGUUGUUGCUGGACAUGUGUCACUGUCAGCAUCACCGUACGGCUACAGAAUGGGGCCAUUAAGUUACUAUGGCCGCCUUCCUCGAACUUGUUUCAUUGAGAAAGUAGAUUCAUGAAUUUUACUUUGUUAAACUAAUAGAAUUGUUAGUUAGAAACUAAAUUAAUAACUUAUUAAUUUACCAAUUAUUUAAUAUUUUGCCAAAUUUAUAAAUUUUUUGUAGUCUCAAGGCUAUUAAUUUA